AUGAGAAAUUUAUUUUUAAUAUCAAGUUUAUUAAUAAUCGGCCUGCUUCAUCCAGUUGAGCUGCUAUCCAUUCCAAUAUCAGAAGGUACAGUUGAUGAAAUAGACCCAAGUAUUAAGGAAGAUGCUUACCUAACUACCCCAGAAUUAUUGAAGAAAUAUGGAUAUCCUGCCGAGGUUCAUAGUAUGGUAACUGCUGAUGGUUAUAUUUUAGAAAUGCAUCGUAUACCGCGACCUGGAGCAAUUCCAGUUUAUUUACAGCAUGGACUUAUGGAUUCAUCUGGCGGUUGGGUUAUUAUGGGUCCUCAUUCAGCUUUUGCAUAUUACCUGUAUGAUCAUGGAUAUGAUGUUUGGAUGGGAAAUUGUCGUGGUACAAGAUAUUCAAGAAAUCAUACACAUUUAAGUUUAAGAAGUAAAGAAUAUUGGGAUUUUACAUUCCAUGAAAUGGGAACAAAUGAUUUACCAACAAUGAUUGAUUAUGUUAUCGAAAACACUGGUUUCAAGAAAAUUCAUUAUGUUGGUCAUUCACAAGGUACAACAGCAUUUUUUGUUAUGUGUAUAUUACGACCCGGUUAUUGUGAUAAAGUUAUAACAAUGCAAGCUUUGGCACCUGUCGCUCAUAUGGAACAUACUCAAAGUCCAUUAAUAAAAGUUAUUGCACCAAUGACAGAUUUUGCUGAAAGCGUUACAAAAUUGCUAGGAAUAUAUGAAUUUUUGCCUAACAGCCAUAUUAUGAGAUUAGCUGGACAAGUACUUUGUCAUGAUGAAGCUGUUACACAAGUUGUAUGUACAAAUAUAAUAUUUUUAGUUAUGGGUUAUAAUUCAGAACAAUUGAAUACAACUAUGUUACCAGCUAUACUGGGACAUGUACCAGCUGGAACAUCAUCAAAGCAAUUUAUCCAUUAUGGACAGAUUGUUAAUGCAAAAGGCCGUUUUCGGAUGUAUGAUUAUGGUAUAGUCAAAAAUUUGGUUAAGUAUGGAUCAUUUAAACCACCAUCAUAUGAUUUAAGUAAAGUUACAGCACCUGUUGCAUUACAUUUUUCAAAGAAUGAUUGGUUAGCUGAUACAAAAGAUGUAGCAAAAUUACAAAAUGAAUUGCCAAAUAUUAUAAAAGAAUAUUUAGUGCCAGAACCGAAAUUUAAUCAUUUGGAUUUUAUACUUGCUAUUGAUAGUCGUACUUUAGUUUAUGAUGAUGUUAUAAAAAGCAUGAAGGAAUAUGAAAGCAAAUUAAGUUUAAAUUAA